AUGUCACAUCAGAACCAAGCAAGUAAAAGAGCAAAAACUAUUGAUUCAUUCUUCAAGAAAAAAAAUGAUGGUGAUAAAUUAGACAAUGACAAGGCUUCUACAUUCAAUGACAAGGCUUCUACAUUCAAUGAUAAGGCUUCACCAUCAAUUGAGUCACCUCAUCACACAUCUCCCCUAGUUGAACCUAACCAGUUUGAUGUUGCUUUUUUGGAACGAGACCCUGGGAAACGUAUUCAAAUAUCUGAAUACCCUAUUGAUCAACGUGAUGAGGUUCGAUGUGCUUAUAUCAAAGUUGGGCCUUACCAACCAAAAUUAUUAGAAUAUCCAGGGCACAACUUCUCUCAAGGAUCGCAAGGCACAACUUCAAUAAGGAGGGGGCGGAAGAAUUUUAUUGCAAACCGUUCAAUCUCUGCUUCUCCAAUUAGUUUGAAGCUCCUCAUCCACAAAAAACAUAAAAAAGUUCUCUUCGCCGAAGCUGGCAAGGAUUUUGCUGACUUUCUCUUCACCCUUCUGUCUCUACCUGUCAGCACUCCGUCAAGCUACUCCUACUCUGGGGAGGUAUGCUAUUUGGCUGAUGACCCUAAGGCCAUUUGUCCAAAGUGCCAUAACUUCAUUUCCAAACCCACGACUUAUGUUGCUCAGCUGGCAAUUGCAACCAGCGGCAAGGAAGGUGGGUUUGUGAGAGAGGCUGUGACUUACAUGAUAACGGAUGAUAUGGAAGUGAAGCCUAUGUCUGCCAUUUCAAGUAUCGCUCUGCUUCAAAACUUCGAUGUUAGGGAUGUUCGUUCACUUGAAGAGAUUGUGGUUCCUCUCGAUAAGGAUAAGAAAUCCAGUUGGCAAUCGGCUCCUUCCGGUCCUGGUGGCUUUUAUCUAGCUUGCUUUUCUUGUUGGGCAAGAAGGUGGUCAAGUCGCCAUUAA